AUGAGUGGCUCUUUUGCGCUGCGCAAGUUGCUCUUCGAUAGAGGCGACGAGGAAGACGUUAACCGGCGCGGGUAUCACUAUGCCGGUGCCUAUGCGCCGCUUCUCCACCCUGUCGCGGUGCUGCAUCCUGCUUCAGUGCUUCCCAAGAGCGGCCUGUGGUUUGCCUGUCUUUGCCUCUUUUCAUCCUUUAUGACGUGUCUCACGAUGAAGGUGCGCAACAGAGAGAAGUGGUGGAUGGGCAUGUUUGCGAUCAGCGUCGUCUACUACAACAGCAUCAAGGCACACAAGGUUGGCAAUGGGCUUCUGGGUCAUCAAAGCGGCUUCUUCGCAGCUGGCAUGGGCACUAUUGGAUGCACUGCGCGGCUAAUGGCCAAAAGCGGCUCUGCUCGACAGAACGUCGGCGGCCUCAGUCUCUUCGUUGCACUACUGUGGUACGAAAUUGGUCGCUAUCACCUGUGGGCGGAGCACGUGACCGAGUUCCGCCGCGAUGUUACGCCGCAGCGGUCGUACGACUUGCUAGGCGAGUACGUUCCACCGACGUAUGAGGUGGAGUUUCUCCCGUACCGCCCUGUUCUGUGA